CCUAAGGUUGCUGCUUCCUUUCUUAUUAAUGGUGAUGUUGUCGAGCUUGCUGCCUUGCUUUUGGUCGCUCACCCCUCGCUUCUCCAUCAUUUAAAAUCUUGUCAUAUUGAGAAUCAUCCCUCCACAAUGAAGGACACAAGUGAGAUGGUUUCAUUGGCCGCCGUUGGAAAAUUUCCAAAUCCAAGUGGGUUUGGAUUGAUUGAGAUUUUCGAAAAGGCUGGCGAUUCACUCACCAAUUUCUACACCAAAAUGCCUCAAGAUAUUUCCGGCCAGGAUCUGAUAAAGAGUGUUGCUGAGAUUCUCAUCCGUGAUGCUCAAAUUCCAGUAUCUGAAGAUGAUGUGGACUUGGCCGGAAUUUUGAGUGUGGAACCUGAAAUGAUGCCUUCCAUUCACCAAUAUCUGCUUGGUAUUAAACCAAAGGAUGGCAGUGACAAGAGUCAGAAACACAUGUUCCCCUCUGUGCGCUCUCCUGAUCUCCUGUAUUUGUGGGAACCAGUGAAAAUGCAUCGUAGAGGCUUUUACAAUGGUGAAUUCUUCAUAUGGAGGGUUUACACNCCUCCAACUCCGGCAUUAAGGGUCAUGGCAUCUCUGGCAAUGAGACUUGGAAGGGGCCUCAGGUUUCUCUGAUGGCAGGUAUCUAAUACGGAGUGAUUCAUUUAAUUUUGCCGCAUUGAAGUUCCAGGGUGGUGGUGUGCUCGAAUAAUGUGGGGAGAUUCGGGAGAUUCCUAGUCUAGUAAUAAAAGGAUGCCGCAACUUCGUGUCUCAUGUACUCCGUACUAUUUAAUAACUGUACCAUAUGUUGUAUCUCAUGCUAGAGUUGAAGUGAAUUGUUGUGAUUUAUUUGUGGACGUGGUACCACUAAUUAUGUAGCUGGCUUAGAAUUCGAUUGUGUCAGUAUUUAAUGUGAUGG